GGGGUUUCUGAAGGAAAAGAAUAAAAAGUGGGAAGACGAAAAAUGUCAGUAGCGUGACGUCAGCGCGGGUCCCCCCCAAAGCGCGCGGGUGACCCAGCUGAGGCAGUGGGAGGAGGUCCUUCCAUCACCCCCCAUGCUCUCUCUGACAGUCUGAGCUCUGCUGGCGGACUGUUAUCACUGGACUUUUACCUGAACAACUCUUUUUUUUUUUAAGCGGUUAGUUUUUAGCGUUCCUCACCAAAGGAUUGUUUUUAUUUUUAAUUCUAAUGGGCAACAAUUGUGGAAAGGCUGAUUGUUAACUGAACGGUAGCUGGGGCCACCACAGACAACCAGCGUGAACAAUCUGGCUACGCCCUUCUGUCCUGCAUCAUCCUCCCUACGAUAGGCACAGAGGAAGAGUUUGAGCCUGGGGAAACUUGGGAAAGAGGAAGACGAUGUACCAAGAGCUGCUCCUCUCCUCCGCCCUCCUCUUCCUCCAUGUGAUGGGCACUCCCCACUUCUUUGGGCGUCAUGGAAGGCGGACAUGUGGGCAGGACCUCCGUCACAACGUCGUCACGACAACAGAGUCCUUCGCCCAGCCUGUGCACAAGCCCUACAUCACCCUGUGUCAGGGCCAUCGCCUCUGCAGCACAUACAAAACUACGUACUCCCUGGCUUACCGGCUGGUAAGCAGAAUCGCGUCGGCCUCGCAUUUCUACCCAGACUGCUGCCCCGGCUGGCGGAGAUUUCACUCACACAACUGCAACCAAGCUCUGUGUGCAGAACCCUGUGUUAACGGUGGAACCUGUUUGAAGCCCAAUAAGUGUGCGUGUCCUCCUGGCUGGACGGGACAGCAGUGCCAAACCGAUGUUGACGAGUGCAGUGGGCGGCAGCCCUGCACCCAGCUGUGCGUUAACACAGCUGGAAGCUACAGAUGUGCCUGCAGGGAUGGCUUCAGGCUGGCUGGAGAUGGACGUUCCUGUCACCAGCUUCCAUCUCCUCCUCCUACUAAGACUCCCAACCAGAUUGCAGGGAGCCACGCUGAUGCGGGAGGAAGCUUCACUCUGGCGGAGAACGUCACAGAGGAGGUCCAGAGUCUGAGGAACAGAGUGGAAAUCCUAGAAAAGAAGCUGCAGCUGGUGUUGGCGCCCUUCAGUAGCUUCUUCCCGCUGUCGCUGGAUGAGAACUUCCCAGAGAAAACCACCCUGCUGACCCACUCCUUCCGCCAACUGGACCGCAUCGACUCCCUCAGCGAGCAGAUAGGCUUCCUAGAGGAGCGUCUGGGCACAUGUUCUUGUCAGGAGAAUUAGCCCACGCAUCAAGAAUCAUCUCAUUAUUAUGCUGUGACGCACGCACCGCACAAACGUUUCGGAGAUUUUUCUUCACACCAUUCCAAAAAAAAAAAAAAAGAGAGAAAAGAAAUUAAAAGAAUGGUUUCUGUUCAUCCUGGGUCUUGAUUUUUCAACAGUACCUGCAGCAGGAGUCGGCCACAGCGCUUCAUCGCCUCCCUGUGUCGGUCGUAUAGCCACGUGCAUCAGAGCAGUCGGCUUCUCCCAUGUCAGGGGCCCCCUCCUCGCCCUGGGGCCUUUGCACACAUCUUUUUUAUUUUAAUCUAUUUAAAUUAUGAUCACUCAUAGGCAUUCCUAAGUGCUUCUAGUUUUGUAACGGUUUUGUAAUAAAAGUUUGAAUCCAAAAA